AUGGCGCCUGCACAGCUAUCCUCCUCCUUCACGUCAUCCCAUGAGCCGCCUCGUUCCAUCAUCACCACGUCCACGUCAUCUCCCAGCCGCGCGAAUCUCUGCUCGCGGCAGCACGCAAUCGUCUUCUCCGUCACGUACGGCGGCCGCACCGUCAGCAUCUGCGUCGCGUGCGCGCUCCUCGACUUCCUCGUCAAGUUCCUCUUCUUCAUCCCGCGCUUCAUCCUCGUCCUCGCGAGCUUCGGCGUCCCGCUGCUGCUGCUGCCCGUCGGAUCGCUCAUCGAUCUCACCUCCCCGCCGAUGCUCGUCGCGCAAGCGAUCGCGCUCGUUUGGUACACCUGUUACCUCCCCGGCCUGCAGACGAUACAGUCGAAGCGCGAGAGUUUCAAUCGCAAGCGCCGCAUGCUGCAGGCGGUUGAGGCGCGGAGAACGCGCAGCAGCGGCAGCGAUGCUGGGGAUUUGCGAAAAGUUCGCACGGAGAUGGUGGUUGCCAAGUCGUGUGCAGCAAUAGAGGCAGAGCACUCGACAUGUGGCGAAGACGAGCGGCAGUUAUCCUCGGAUUCUGCUUCCACUUCCAUUUCUGAUUCCGCUCUUGCGGAAGGAACGGCGGAUGUGUGCACGAGGGAGGCGGGGGAGAGGACGCGGAAGCGCGGCGGGAAGGAGAAGAAGGGAGCGCGGCUUGGCAAGGGAGGCCGCGGCAGCGGCGGGAAAGCUGCAUUCGAAGCGGAGGAGCACAGCGGAUGUGAUAAUAACGAAGAAAGGGAGGAGCACGAAACGAUUGAGCAGAGCAAGGCGGCUGAGCUGGAGAGUGACGUGGCAGCGCAGGAGAGGACUGAAAUUCCGGAAGUUGCAGAGGUUCCAGAGCUGAUUGAUGGCUUGCUUGAGGAGAAGGAAUCUUCCGAGAAGGAGCGCUCGCGGAAGAGGGCUUUCAGGAAGCAGCGACGGGCGAGGCGCGAACGAGCCACGUCAGACGCGCGCCAGGGAGAUUCCCCCUCAGACGCCGAAGUCACGUCUGUGCAAGCUGACGUGGAGCCGAAGCAGCAGAAUAUGACUGUUAAUGUUCGGAAGAGUGAGGAGCAGCAACUGGCGCAGUUGACCCAGUUGACUCAGUUGACCAAAUUGUCUCCACCUGAGCUGUCGCAUUUGAUUGAUCAGCUCAUGCUCCAGCAGCAGCAGCAGCAGCAGCAGGAGGGCAACACAGAGAGCGCCGGGACAAGGACAACCAACCUCUUCUGGAGCCCGGACGACAAGCCAUGGCUUCCAUGGCUCCCAUCCCCCACCGCUCUCUCUCCCUCCCUCAAAGCCCCAGGAGCCCUCUUAAAUAAGUGGUCCCCCACCCCUCUCUCCCCUCCCACUGAAGCCCCGGGGAUGCCCUUCAUGCUCCCGCAGGGUUCCUCCUCUUCGGGUUCUUUCGCCAACUCUGCUGUCGAAUCCGCCGUUUCGGGGUUCGAUUGGCUGGAGAGGGAUGCUGACGUCACCCUCCCACCGCCAGCCAUGCCAGUCCACGUGGCAUAUGCUGCUGCGAGCGCCACUGGCACCUCUCCUUCUACUAGGGUGCUGCCGCAAUUUCCCGCUCUCUCUAACGCUGGCUUUCCCUGCAGCGCUUCUCAUCCCUUCCAUUUUGACAGCAGCGUGAAACUUGGAGGGAGGUCUGUGGAGCGGAAGCAGCAGCAGCAUUGUGCUGUUGCUAGUCUGUUGCCGGGCUCUCCAUUUGAGGGGAAUGGUGAAGGGCCAAAGAUGUCAUCCCAUGGGAAUUAUUCCCUCCUCGGUUCUGGGUUUGCAGACAGCUUGGUAUCGGGGAAUGUGAUGUACACCAGAGAAGCAAUAGAGGAGUGGAUGGAGUAG